AAAGUUAUUUAUUCAGAAACAAACAAAGCUGGAUUUGUAUUUUGUCCCUUAAACCACCAUGAUUAAGAACAUAAGUACUAUGAAGAAUUACAAUCAGAAACGUGAAAGAUGUUGCGAGUUAAUCGAAGCCCUUGAAGAAGAACGCCGCAAGAUCAAUGUGUUCCAACGCGAGUUUCCUCUUUGCUUAGAGCUCGUAACACAAGCGAUUGAGGGGUAUAAAAGGGAGAUAUCAGGGACGACGACGGAUAACGUGUACGGACAAUCGGAGUGCUCAGAGCAGACCACCGGAGAAUGUGGGCGCGUGUUGGAUCUGUUCAUACCAAUCAAACACUCUUCGACCUUCGUAGAAGAGGUUGAAGAGGAGGUUGAUAACAAAGAUGAUGAAGAUGAUGAUGAACAUGAAUCUAAUGAAACCAACAUAGAUUUCGAUGAUAAGAACAUGAAAUCUGAAUGGCUCAAGUCUGUUCAGCUCUGGAACCAACCCGACGCAGUUGUUUCUAAUAAUAGACAGGAUCGCUCACAAGAAACGACAGAAACGCUGGUGGAGUUGAUAAAAAGAAAUGAUGAAGCAGUAGAGAAAAACAACAACAUACAAUCACCGGCGACUACUAGCGGUGGUGGUGGUGGCGGUGGCAGAAGAGGGCAGAGAAAGCAUAGGCGGUGUUGGUCGCAAGAGUUACACAGAAGCUUCUUGAACGCUCUUAAACAACUUGGUGGCCCUCAUGGUGCGUUUCUUGAUUUUAGUUAAACAUUUCAGUAGUCAUAAUUUUUUAUUAGGGCUCAAUGAAGUUAAUUAAUUCCU